AUGCGGAGAAUUUCAUCCUCUCUUUUCCGCAGACCCCCGCGGCGGAGAAAGUCAGUGAAGAACGGGCAGUCGGAGCAGGAGGAGGGCUCCGAGCAAACCCACAUCUCCCCCAACGCCAUCUUCAAGGCGCUGCAGGCCGAUUCCCCGCAGUCGUCCUCCAGCAUCAGCGAGGUGCACUCGCCCGGCGAGCACUCGGGUAGGUACUCUCGAGGUAGGACGCACAUCAAGACGGAGCAGCUCAGCCCCAGCCACUACAGCGAGCAGCAGCAGCACUCCCCGCAGCAGAUCAACUACAGCUCCUUCAACCUCCAGCAUUUCAGCUCCUCCUACCCCACCAUCACCCGCUCCCAGUACGACUACACCGACCACCAGAACUCCAGCUCCUACUACAGCCACGCCGCCGGGCAGAGCAGCAGCCUCUACUCCACCUUCACCUACAUGAACCCCACGCAGCGGCCCAUGUACACCCCCAUCGCAGACACUUCUGGGGUCCCCUCCAUCCCUCAGACCCACAGCCCGCAGCACUGGGAACAGCCCGUCUACACGCAGCUCACCAGACCCUAA